CUAAGAUUCAAUCGCUCAUCAUUCCAAACCAAAGAUGAUACCCUUUACACGCAGGCCUUCUACUUCUUCCUCCACUAAAUCAACCCCCGGCCGUCACGACGGCAAGGCUGUUCGGUGGUCGGAGCCGGUCACCGGCGUUGACUCUCCUGCAGUAGAGGACCGGAAUGCCGUCAACAACGAUGAAGACGACGACGACUUUGAGGUCGGUGAAGAUGAGUCGCCGGCGCGUGGGGAUGAAGAAAAUCCGCUACCGCUCGAGAUUUACGGCAAACCGUUAGAUCCCAAGACUAAAGAUGUGAGCUGGCCUAUGUCCAAAUUUCACAGCUUCAGAUUUUCCAAGAGUCGAAGAAUGGACAAUCGUCCACUCCGUGUUCAACUAUACCAAGCUGCACAAAAUGGCGACUGGAAGACUGCAGAGUACAUGAAUAAUCUGCAUCCAGGAGUCCUCACUAUGGUCAUAAGCGACCGAUGUGAAACCGUUCUUCACAUAGCAACUCGAGCCAAGAAGGCUUCUUUUGUGAAGGAAUUGGUGAACUUCCUCGACCGACAUGACUUGGGCUUGAAAAACAAAUAUGGAAACACAGCCCUUUGCAUCGCUGCAGCCUCAGGCGCGGUCGACAUCGCCAAGCUAAUGGUCUCCAAGUUCGAAGCUUUGCCGCUCAUUCGUGGGUCCGGAAAUUCAACCCCAGUUUUGAUUGCCGCUAGAUACAAACACAAGCACAUGGUCUCCUAUCUCCUCUCCAAAACCCCCGUCUAUGGCUCCGCCAUUCAAGAGCAAAUGGAGCUUCUCGUUGGCGCCAUCUCGGCCGAUUAUUAUGAUAUAGCUUUGCUUAUUUUAAAGUGGAACCCGUUGUUAGUUCUCGAGCGAGACUUCAAUGACGAUACGCCGUUGCAUAUCAUGGCUCGUAGGUCGAAUGCAAUUGGUAAGAAAAACAAGCCAACCCGGUUGCAAUCGUACAUUAUUGAUUGCGAAGAACAAACAUCUAAUCUCUUGGUCAAAGGAAUCAAGCGUAUGCACAAACAUAAACUCAUGCAAAUUCAAGCUCAUCAAAUGGUUGAAUUGAUGUGGAGUGUUGUUUUGGAUGAGAUACCUGAAGAUGAGAUAUUGCAGUUCAUCAUGUUUCCCACGAGUAUCUUGCAUGAUGCUGCAAGAGUUGGAAAUGUUGAGUUUUUGAGAUUGAUCAUCAAUUCAUACCCUGAUCUUGCUUGGAAAGUUGAUAGCGAUCGAAAGAGUAUAUUUCAUGUAGCGGUUGAAAAUCGUCAAGAGAGUGUUUUUAGUUUAAUUUAUGAAAUGGGUGAGUUCUUGGAUUACUUACCAUUCUAUUUUGAUGAGGAAAAUAUCAGCUUGCUUGAACUAGCGGCGAAAAAGGCGGAUCUAAAUCAUCUCAAUCGAGUGUCGGGAGCUGCCUUUCAAAUGCAUAAAGAGCUUCUAUGGUUUAAGGAAGUGGAGAAGAUCGUAGAGCUUACAAUGAGGAGAAAGAAAGGAAAGCGCAACCCACGUGAAUUAUUCACCAAAGAGCACCAAAACCUAGUGGAAGAAGGAGAAAAAUGGAUGAAGAAAACAGCAAAUUCAUGCAUGUUGGUUGCAACUCUAAUAGCCACCGUAGUUUUUGCCGCAAUCUUCACCGUACCAGGCGGCAACAACAACAACCACGACAUCAACACAGGCUCGCCUCUCUUUCUCCGCCACAAAUGGUUCACAGUGUUCGUGAUAUCAGAUGCAACCGCUUUGAUAUCAUCUUCAACAUCGAUACUAUUGUUCUUGUCGAUCCUCACGUCGCGUUGUGCCGAAGAAGACUUCCUAAUUUGGUUGCCAUUAAAGUUGGUGUGCGGGCUUGGAACACUGUUCUUGUCAGUGCUGAGCAUGGUGCUAGCUUUCAGUGCUACGUUCUUCCUGUUCUAUGGGAAAGAUACGGAUUGGGUUCCUUUGCUUGUUGCUGGGAUGGCGAUUGUUCCAGUUUAUUGCUUUGGUGUGCUUCAGUUUAGGCUUUGGGCUGAUGCGGUAGCUGCUUUGCAGGCUUCUUAUUACUUGUAUUUCAAGAAUUGGAAGUUCAUGUUGUUCUGAUCUCUUAAUCAUUUGUUCUUUCCAUAAAAUCUUCCCAUAAAGGUGGAACUCGAGUAUU